AUGUGCAGCGCCGGAACGCAACAAGGCUCCAAUCAGAAAGCUUCUCUGUACGUGUCGGAAAGUGUGAGUUUUGACCAAGACGAGGAAAUGAAGUUGAAGCUGGAAAAGGAGUUGGCUGGGAUGCUGUGGAGGAUCCGCUGGGAGGAUCUGCAGUUCGAGAGCCCCAACAAGUUCCACAAACGAGCGGGCAGUCGGCUCACCCUGUCCCAGAGAGGCUCCAGCUACGGCUCCUUGAUCACGGCUCACGGGAAGUACCAGCUUUUCGCCAAAACGGGCUAUUUUAAGGGGAACUUGGUGGCCAUCAAACACCUGAACAAGAAGAGGAUAGAGCUGACCAGGCAGGUUCUGAUGGAGCUCAAACAUAUGCGAGAUGUCCAGUUCAACCACCUGACGCGCUUCAUCGGAGCCUGCAUCGACGCUCCCAACAUCUGCAUCGUCACAGAGUACUGCCCCCGGGGGAGCCUGCAGGACAUCCUGGAGAACGAGAGCAUCAACUUGGACUGGAUGUUCCGCUACUCUCUCAUCAACGAUAUUGUCAAGGGCAUGAACUACCUCCACAACAGUUACUUUGGUUGCCACGGGAACCUGAAGUCUUCCAACUGUGUGGUGGACAGUCGCUUCGUCCUGAAGAUCACGGACUACGGCCUCAGCAGCUUCAGGUCCUCCAGCGAGAACGACGACACACACUCGCUCUAUGCCAAAAAGCUGUGGACGGCUCCGGAGCUGCUUAUCUACGACCAGCACCCGCCUCAGGGCUCACAGAAGGGAGACGUCUACAGCUUUGGGAUCAUCCUCCAGGAGAUCGCCCUCAGGAACGGCCCCUUCUAUGUGGAGGGGAUGGACCUCAGCCCCAAAGAGAUUGUGCAGAAGGUGCGAAAUGGUCAGAAACCGUUCUUCAGGCCGAGCACAGACUCCCGCUGCCACUCGGAGGAGCUGACCAUCCUGAUGGAGGGAUGUUGGGCCGAAGACCCGCAGGAGAGACCGGACUUUGGACACAUCAAGAUCUACGUGGCCAAGCUCAACAAGGAGGGCAGCACCAGUAUCCUCAACAACCUUCUCUCCCGCAUGGAGCAGUACGCCAACAACCUGGAGAACCUGGUGGAGGAGCGCACACAGGCGUACCUCGAGGAGAAACGCAAGGCUGAGAAUCUGCUCUACCAGAUACUACCACACUCGGUGGCGGAGCAGCUGAAGCGCGGAGAGACGGUUCAGGCCGAAGCCUUCGACAGCGUCACCAUCUACUUCAGCGACAUCGUGGGCUUCACAUCACUGUCCGCAGAGAGCACACCGCUGCAGGUGGUCACGCUGCUCAAUGACCUCUACACGUGUUUCGACGCCAUCAUCGACAACUUUGACGUCUACAAGGUGGAGACGAUCGGCGACGCGUACAUGGUGGUGUCGGGGUUACCGGUGCGAAACGGGAAGCUACACGCGCGGGAGAUCGCCAGCAUGUCUCUGGCUCUACUUGAACAGGUCAAAACCUUCAAGAUCCGGCACCGGCCCAACGACCAGCUGCGGCUCCGUGUCGGCAUCCACACAGGACCAGUGUGUGCAGGAGUAGUGGGACUGAAGAUGCCUCGGUACUGUCUGUUCGGAGACACGGUCAACACAGCGUCACGGAUGGAGUCCACAGGAGAAGCUCUAAGGAUCCACAUGUCGUCUACCACCAAAGAAGUCCUGGAUGAGUUCGGAUACUUUGAUUUGCAGCUAAGAGGAGACGUCGAAAUGAAGGGCAAAGGGAAGAUGAGGACCUACUGGCUCCUGGGGGAGAAGAGCGACGUCUACGUUAUCUGA